AACUCUCCUCCACCCACGCCUCGGGUUCGUUCCUGCAUUUUUGUGUUUAUGCUAAUAACACCCCAGUGACCUUCAGCUUUAUAACCGUUUUAACACCAAACAUUUUAAUUAUCAUCCUCUCUAUCAGUAAGCGGUGGCCGGUUUUAAAACUUAAGGUAACAACAGCGGGAUUUUUAGGGGUUUUAGAGAAUGUGCAAUACACCCCAGAAAAACAACCCCAUUGACCUCAACGCAACGCACUGGGAACUGAACAGACCAUACACCGUAGCAAAAUGCUUCCCAAAUAAGAGAAUAUUAUUGUACAAGUUAAGUGAGAUGAAGCAGGAGCUGUUGGAGGAAGGCAGCCGGUGCUCCAUCCUCUCCAAGCAGCACCGUUUCAACGAGCACUGCUGCAUCCGCUGCUGCGCGCCCUUCACCUUCCUGCUCAACCCCAAGCGGCCGUGCCUGGACUGCCGGUACAACGUCUGCAAGACCUGCUGCACCUACAGCAAGAAGGACAAAGCCUGGCUCUGCUCCGCUUGCCAGAAGACCAGGAUAUUGAGAACCCAGUCUCUGGAAUGGUACUAUAACAACGUGAAGAGCCGCUUCAAGAGGUUCGGCAGUGCCAAGGUACUGAAGACGCUCUACAGGAAACACAUCGUGGAGAGAGGCGGCAUCUCAGACCUACCAGAGAGCAGCGUUAACGACGGAAGCAACGACAACGAUGGCAGCAUCUGUGGUAGCGACUCCACCUUUUACCGGCAGAGUGAAGGACAUAGCAUGGCAGAGACUCUCACUGUUGCCCUGCGUGUUGCUGAGGAGGCCAUAGAAGAAGCCAUCGCCAAGGCGGAAGAGUUUAGCGACAGCUUGGAGAAGCAGAAUGAGGCACGCUACUUGCGGGACCAUAAAGAAGAGCUUAUAGAGGAACUCGCCACAACCAUUGUACAAAAGAUCAUCCAGAGGAGGAAGCGUUCCGAGAUGCAGACAGAGUAUGACUUUGUGUGGCCCCAGACCCAUGGCCAGCCCCAAGGCAGUGAUCUGUCCUCUCCCAACCAGCCCCCUCACAACACCCUGGCCCAGGCCAACCAGGCCCACCUCAGGAGCUCCUACUCCCUCUGGAGGUCCCGCUCUGCCUUCUCCCUGACCAGCGAUGACUCUCCAGAGAAGGCCACUGAGGUAGCUCUGGGUGCGGGCGGAGGAGUAUCAGACUACACCUCCAUGAAGAAGGAGACAACCAGGGUCUCCUCCCUGCCCAGCUGGAAGAGUGUGGACCGCCUGGACAAUUCAAGUGCGUCCUCAGUGCUGCACAGCCCCGAUGGUAACUGGAUCGCCCUGCAAAGCACUCAGCACUCCCGCCCCAGCCUGCUGACCAAGAGGAAAUCCCUGGUGUUCAGCGUCCUGGAGAGGGAGUCUGGCGUGGUGUCGGCCUACGACGAGAUGGCCUCCGAAUCCGACAAGGAGGAGGACGAGGGAGGUUGGGGGGCAGCUCUUCGCCAGUUCCGACGGAAGCUCUCGGACGAGACCUACUACACGGACUCCCAGCACGACCCUGAGUGGACGUACACCGCGGCCCACCUCCCGGUCACCUCACCCUCCUCGGGCCAGUACACCAACACAGAGACCCUGAACUCAGACUCCGAGUCCUCCUCCGUGCCGUCCGCCCGCGCGCGCCAGCCCCAUCGCCAGGCGGCAACCGGCAAAGGCCCCGACGCGGACUCCCGUCUUCACCCCCGGCAGGCUCAGUACCAUCAGCACCAGGUCCUACCUUCGUACCCGCUCCAGCCGGAGUCGCUGGACGUGAACUUUAACCCGAAGGUGACGGGGGACAGCAGUGAGGCGGAGGACAGCUGGCAGAGCGACCAGGUCAGGAGGUUGCGGAGACGCAGGAAAAGCAAGAGGGAGCAGGCCCACGCGCAGACAAACCAGGAGAACAGUUUCCUUCUGAACGCCCUGCUGAAAAGGGGUGUUAGUGAGGAGAUGCCCACUCCUGACGUGGUGCCCAUCCUCGAGGCCUCCUCUGAGGCCAUGACUCCAGAGCCUGAGGACCAGGACACCGUGGCACCUAACUCUGUUGCCCCCAGCCCCCCUAACCCCUCGGUCCCUGGACCACUGCGCCCCAGCAGCCCGGGGUCCGGCUCUGGAGCCACAUUGGAGAAGGAGCUCCGCUCCAAACUGAGCGAGCUGGUUGGACGCGCCAAAAGCAAAGAAUUUGCGAGCUCGUCCGAGGACGAGCCAUUUAUGAGCACUAUAGGGAGAGACCGAGAAAGUGACAGACUGAGAGAGAAGCCAGGACAGAAUGAGAGACCGAGAGAUGGGCUGAGAACGAGUGAGAGACAGAGGGAGAGGCUCAGCAGUAGAGACAGGGCAAAGACAGCUGAGAAAGCUAACGAGCCGGAACUGAAAAGGGAAAGUCUUAUUCUGAGAGGGGAGGAGCGAAUGAAGGACAGAAAGUUGCAAAGAGGGACAAAGAGUUUGGAAGAGAAAGCAGGUGACAUGAAAGACAGGAGGGUGGAAAAGAACAGACCAAGUAAGAGGCAACCGAGAAAAGACGUGGAAUGGCAGAGCGAAAAAAGGGAGGACGGAUUGGAAGACGGAAACGAUAAGGCCGAAUCCGCGCCAGCCUCGACUGCGGUUACCCCAUCUCUGCCGUGUGACGGACAGUCCGUCUGUCUGUCCGUCUGUCAGAAGGAGCAGAAAAAACAGCGGAGGCUACAGUUGCUCUCCUCUCUUGUGCGGCAGGUGAGACCUACUGUUUGUAUGACAGGCCAGUUAGGACAGCCCUGCGCGUGCAAACAUACAUUGAACACACUUCAAAUAUUUAAAGAUAACAGGUCAAACAGGUAUUUUUUUAUCCAGGACAUGCAAUGGUACAGAUUACAUCUCCCUCACCGCGUGCACGUACACACAAACACAAGUACCUACUCAACAUGCGUCAUGAUUACUACCCAACCUGAACAUUCACAUGAUACCACCUUAUCAAUCACAUGAUGCCACCUUAACAGUCACACCACUUUAACAGUCACAUGAUGCCACUUUAACAGUCACAUGAUGCCACCCUAACAGUCACAAGAUACCACCUUAUUAAUCACAUGAUACCACCUUAACGGUCACAUGAUACCAGCUUAAUGGUCACAUGAUACCACCUUAUUAAUCACAUGAUGCCACCUUAACAGUCACAUGAUGCCACCUUAACAGUCACAUGAUGCCACCUUAACAGUCACAUGAUGCCACCUUAACAGUCACAUGAUGCCACCGUAUUAAUCACAUGAUGCCACCGUAUUAAUCACAUGAUGCCACCGUAUUAAUCACAUGAUGCCACCGUAUUAAUCACAUGAUGCCACCUUAUUAAUCACAUGAUACCACCUUAACGGUCACAUGAUGCCACCUUAACGGUCAUAUGAUACCACCUUAACGGUCACAUGAUACCACCUUAACGGUCAUAUGAUACCACCUUAACGGUCACAUGAUACCACCUUAACGGUCAUAUGAUACCACCUUAACGGUCAUAUGAUACCAGCUUAACGGUCACAUGAUACCACCUUAACGGUCACAUGAUACCAUCUUAUUAAUCACAUGAUACCGCCUUAUUAAUCACAUGAUACCACCUUAUUAAUCACAUGCAACCACCUUAACAGUCAAAUGACACCACCUUGUCAAUCACAUGACACCGCCUUGUCACGUAGACAACACCCAUUAUCUCAAGAUUUCCCCCUAUUUACUGGUUACACCAUCAUUCCUACUGAAGGUGGGCCUCCUCAGGUGUGACAUGGUUGUGGUGUCAGAGUCUGUUCCCUACGUAAAAGGGUUGGAGUGGCUCUGGAGUCUUCUCUUGAAAUAUCUCUUUCACUGAAUCUCGUCCUUCUUGUUCGGUUUAUUGUUCAAGCUAUUGGCAGACUUUCCCCUGAUAUAUUAACUUAUCUAGUGGAUUCCUCCCAAAAUUAACGUUGCUAUGAUUUGACAAAUGAAGGCCCUACAUCUAUUUGAAUAACCAUUCCAAAAGGUAUGAAAUUGUAUGCACUCACUACUGUAAGUGGCACUGGAUAAGAGCAUCUAGUAAACGACUUAAAUAUAACUCUAAAUUGGGUAGGUUGAAUCCUGAAAACUGACUGGCUAGUAGCAGGGUGGUAUCUGGGACCGUGUACCACGAUAUGACAUCACUUCCCUUUUGUUUGUGGUAUAUUCAGUGGCUGAGCACUGUGUCCAGGUACUCCACCGUGUAUAUACGGCAGAGUAACACCAAGGAAUUGAUACCCUAGAUCUCCAGUUCUUUUAUAAGACACAUUGACAAGUGGAAUACGUGGUGUUAUUAUGAAAUGUUUUGGUUCCAGCACUGGUCCCGGUUAAAAAGAACGUCCCGUUAUUCCAUAGAGGAAAGGUUACAGCAACAAAAGAAAAAUCUCCCGCAGUUCUUUUAAAAAGUGGACAUGUGUCCAAUAAUAUCUUAAGAGGACCUUGAAUUGAACACCCCAACUAGUGGGAUCAUUCAUGGUGGAUGUUGUCGUCUUUCCCCUUUAGUUAGAACUGGGAUACCGUUCGACAUGACGAAUGAACAAAACAACAUGAACAACAAGUUCGUAUCAGCCAAACACACACUGGCUCCUGCCUUCUCCGUUGACAUCGUCAUUGGUGUUGGAAAUCUUUCACUCUUGGCCGCUGAAUGGAAACUUCUCAGAUCUUUUCUCCUCUCUGACUUGAGUGCCACCCACGAACACCCCCUAACACCCACACGGCGCACACGUCCUUUCAAAGCACAUGGAUGUCACCUACUUUAUAGGGAAGUGUGGCGCACUGUAGAGAGAAGGGGGGGGGGGUUGGAUCAAUGCACUUGUUAGUCCCACAGAUCAAAGCUCCAGGCCAAUGAUUUAAAACAUUAGUGAGUUACAUCCAUCUCUCUCUCUGUUCUCCCUCUACUUACAUGUGUUAUUAAGUGCUUCACGCACUUUAAUGGACCACAUUUGGUGAAGUAGCCAAUAUUUUCAGAGGGUUCAGCGGGUACAGUAUUUACAUUGAAAUGUUUGUCAUUUAGCAAAUGAUCCGCCAGAGCGACUUACAGAAGCAAUUGGGGGUGAAUGACUUGCUCAAGGGCAGAUAGGAAUAUUAUUCACGUUAUUGACAAGGGCAUUCUAACCUAGCCACUCAGAUUGAGCAGUGCUGGACAGUAGGGCAUCCAUGUGGACAGGCAGACUGCGCAGUUUGUCACUGACAGGGUAUUGUGUACAGAGUGGAGAUGGAAUGGAGCGAGGAGCAGAGCGCACGCAAUUUGGCUUGAGUGCAGAGCAGGUUUCCAAACCUUUGUUGAGGCGGUUUCUUUUUGCCGAGUGGGAAAAAGGACAUUGCAGUUCGUAAGAACUGCUCAGUAGGCGAGUGGGGGUUUUCUACACUCAGCCAUGCUCACAUAGUCUGGUCACUGAACACCACGGCCAGGCAAAAUAUUUUGUAGUAUGACUCAUGUGAAGAGUAGCCUGAGCACCCUGUAAAAUAUACUGUAGUAAUAGUAAUCACUGUAGCAUCAUGUUUUCCCAAAGAAUAUAGUGCUCCGAUUGGAAAAUAAGGAAAAUGAAUGAUUUCCAUGUUUAACAAAAGCCUGCCCACUAAGUUUAAGUUUACAAAUUAAACCCAAAUCAAAGGAAAACAGAUGAUAAAUGCGAGGCUAUUUGAUAAUUAAAACAGGAGUACUUUUUUCUUUCAAAUGCUGCUAAUUGUAUGUCUUAUUAUUUAGGGAAAUACACGCUGUUGAACCCGGGUAAACGAACUGUGAAUCUGUCAUGCACCUGUUUUGGUAGCGCAAGUUGAAGUAGUCUAAACCUGAGUAUUACUUUUUGUAACACAACUAACACAACUAACAAAAACAAAUUACAUAGCAACUGCUUUAUAAACCCUUGUAAACACACCUCUCAUAAUUACAAUGUCUGUAUAAAAUUGGCAAACAUGAUUAAAGUAACCAUUUCUAUGUAUAAAAUGUGACCAUAUAUACAUUACCAAAUUAUUUUCUGAAAGAAUACCACAAAAGAUUCCAAUGGGAAAGAUAUUACUUUCAGUUAUUUAAUGUACUAUGUUCUAAUAUGUGUUCACUACAUAGAUUUGUAGUCUAGGUUAUUAAUUGCAGGGCUAUUUGGCCUGUUGAAUAUUAGCUCAGAACAAAUUUAGCUCAGGACAAACCUAUUUGACCCCUGGAAUAGGAUGGAAUGCCAACAAAUCAUAGGGACUGACAUCAGACAAUGAUUUGUCAGUAUUAGUCAUUCUAUUUCUAAGAAUAUCAUCCUGUCAAAUAAUGUUUUAAAAAAAAAAUAUUCCUUAUCACUCACUAAAAUGGAGAGUUCGCCCAGAUUAGCUUAUGGCAUACAGUGAAUAUAAAAAGUCUACACACCCCUGUUAAAUGCCAGGUUUUCGUAAAAGAAUGAGACA